AUGGCGGCGCCCAGGCCCAUGGCCCGCUUCUGGGAGUGGGGCAAGAACAUCGUGUGCGUGGGCAGGAACUACGCGGAGCACGCCCGGGAGAUGCGCAGCGCGGUGCCGAGCGAGCCGGUGCUCUUCCUGAAGCCGUCCAGCGCCUACGCCCCCGAGGGCUCGCCCAUCCUCAUGCCGACCUACAGCCGCAACCUGCACCACGAGCUGGAGUUAGGCGUGGUGCUGGGCCGGCGCAGCCGCGCGGUGCCCGAGGCCGCGGCCAUGGACUACGUGGCCGGCUACGCCCUGUGCCUGGACAUGACCGCCCGCGACGUGCAGGAGGAGUGCAAGAGGAAAGGGUUGCCCUGGACCCUGGCCAAGGGCUUCGCGACCUCCUGCCCCGUCAGCGCGUUCGUGCCCAAGGAGAAGGUCCCAGACCCUCACAAGCUGAGGCUGUGGCUCAAGGUCAACGGCGAGCUCCGGCAGGAGGGCGAGACGGCCGCCAUGAUCUUCUCCAUCCCCCACAUCAUCAGCUACGUUUCUAAGAUCAUGACCUUGGAGGAAGGCGAUAUCGUCCUGACCGGGACCCCAAAGGGAGUUGGGCCUGUUAAGGAAAACGACGAGAUCCAGGCUGGCAUCGACGGGGUCGUCAGUAUGCGGUUUAAGGUGGAGAGAUCGGAACACUGA